CAGCAGCAGCGCGCGCGCGGGUAGGGCGCGGACGGGCGGGAUCUCUGCGGGACAGGACAACGCUGACGGCGGCAGAGGUAGCGGGUCUCUAAGGCUCCUCCGGCUUCUCACUCAGCUCCGGUGACAGGUUCGGCCCGGAGGGCUUAGUCCCUAGCCAUGGACUCGCAGAAAGAAGCUCUACAAAGAAUCAUUUCAACUCUGGCAAAUAAGAAUGAUGAGAUUCAGAACUUCAUUGAUACACUAAAUCACACACUGAAAGGAGUUCAGGAAAAUUCUUCCAACAUACUUUCAGAGUUAGAUGAAGAAUUUGAUAGCUUAUACUCUAUAUUGGAUGAUGUAAAGGAAAGCAUGAUUAGCACCAUCAAGCAGGAGCAAGUGCGCAAGUCCCAGGAGUUACAGAGUCAGCUUAGUCAAUGUAACAAUGCCCUGGAGAACUCUGAGGAACUACUAGAAUUUGCAACAAGGUCAUUAGAUAUUAAAGAACCGGAAGAAUUUUCAAAGGCUGCCAGACAGAUCAAGGAUAGAGUCACAAUGGCUUCAGCCUUUCGUCUUUCUUUGAAACCAAAAGUCAGUGACAACAUGACCCAUUUAAUGGUGGACUUCUCUCAGGAAAGACAGAUGCUGCAAACUUUGAAGUUUUUGCCAGUCCCAAAAGCUCCAGAGAUUGACCCGGUAGAGUGUUUGGUGGCUGACAACUCUGUAACUGUAGCUUGGAGAAUGCCUGAAGAAGAUAAUAAAAUCGACCAUUUCAUAAUGGAAUACAGGAAAACGAACUUUGAUGGACUCCCACGUGUUAAGGAUGAGCGAUGUUGGGAGGUGAUUGAUAAUAUCAAGGGCACUGAAUAUACAUUAUCAGGCUUAAAAUUUGAUUCAAAGUAUAUGAAUUUCCGAGUGAGAGCAUGCAACAAAGCUGUGGCUGGAGACUACUCUGACCCAGUGACCCUAGAGACCAGAGCACUUAACUUCAGUCUAGAUAACUCAUCAUCCCAUUUGAAUUUGAAAGUUGAAGAUUCCUGUGUAGAAUGGGACCCCACUGGAGGAAAAGGCCAAGAAAGUAAAAUCAAAGGGAAGGAGAACAAGGGCAGAAGUGGCACCCCAUCCCCAAAACGGACGUCUGUAGGCUCCAGGCCACCAGCAGUAAGAGGCAGCAGAGACCGUUUUACUGGGGAGUCAUACACAGUGCUAGGAGACACUGCUAUUGAAAAUGGACAACAUUAUUGGGAAGUAAAGGCCCAGAAGGAUUGUAAAUCCUAUAGUGUGGGUGUAGCAUAUAAAACUUUAGGAAAAUUUGAUCAGUUAGGAAAGACAAAUACUAGUUGGUGCGUUCACGUCAACAGCUGGCUACAGAACACAUUUGCAGCCAAGCAUAAUAAUAAGGUGAAAGCUUUGGAUGUUCCUGUUCCUGAGAAAAUAGGUGUGUUUUGUGACUUUGAUGGGGGUCAGCUUUCAUUUUAUGAUGCACACUCAAAGCAGUUGCUGUAUUCCUUCAAGACAAAGUUUACUCAGCCAGUAGUACCUGGUUUCAUGGUGUGGUGUGGUGGACUUUCUUUGAGUACUGGAAUGCAGGUUCCAAGUGCUGUGAGAACACUUCAGAAAAGUGAAAACGGAAUGACUGGUUCAACUAGCAGCCUGAACAAUGUCACUCAGUAAUGGCAACUCAGACUGUUUCCCUUCCCUUCGACUGUGUGGCCUUUCCCAUACAGUUACUAACAGAUAUUUCUGAGUGGUGGAAAUCAGGUUUUCUAUGUUCUGCUUUAAAGCCUGGAGUCUGUUAGAUUAACUACCAAAUAGGAAGCAGCCAUGGAGGUUAUUGCUGCAUCCCAGAAUCAAGCAGUUGGGGUGCAGGAGGCUGACAUGGUGAUAUUGAGUAGUGACUAGGAAAGGGGCGGUGUUGAACUGUUUGUGUAGAAAGCCAUCUUUCUGUCUCUUAAGCUCCUCUGGUUUGUCUGGUAGGUGUAAUUACGCCUGGCGAGCCCUGGGCCCGGGUUGCUGAGCGUUAAAAGCUUGCCUUUCCCCCUGCCCUUGCUCUGUUUCUGCUCCUCACCGGCUGUCAUUACAUGCUAUGCUGAGGCUUUAAAAACACAAGGUCCCCCAAGGCUUCCUAGAAAUUGAAAUCUUUGCCUAGGGAUGGCAGAGAAAUUGACCUAUGGUGGCUUAUUUUAGUCUUUUAUAAAUAAACCGAGUUUUUGAUAGGGUAACUUAUGCAUUGACUAGAUUCAUAUCACUUUCUCCUCUAAAAUAUUGUAGUAUUUUCUUAUAGUUAUAACUCAAAAAUAUCAAGCAGACAGAGAAUUUAGGCAGUGCAAGGGAGUAUUCUUGUGUGUUUGUGCUGAGUCAUUCUGUCCAUUCCUCCACCAGCUCCUGGGCACCACCUGAGAAGCCGUGCUAAGUUUGUUCUCCUCUUUGACCCCACUUUUAUAGCUGUCUUUGCAUCUUUGAUAAAACUUCCACUUGAAUUUGGCACUGAUAAUAAUUAUUGCUUAUGAAAGUUUCUGAAUUAAGUUCUUUAUAAAGGGUAAAAAGCUGUAUAUUGCUGGGUUUUGUUGUUUUUGGUUUUGGUUUUGGGUUUUUUUUUUUUUUUUGUCUGUGAAAGAUUAUAAAGAAAUGUGCCUAAAGUAUUCUUUUCUGGAAUAAUUUGUAUGUUCUUUUAUAAAGAUAUGGAUUGGUUUACCAGCUGUUUAAAAAAACAUGUGUCCUAGCCGGGCGUGGUGGCACAUGCCUUUAAUCCCAGCACUUGGGAGGCAGAGGCAGGUGAAUUUCUGAGUUCGAGGCCAGCUUGGUCUAUAGAGUGAGUUCCAGGACAGCCAGAGCUACACAGAGAAACCCUGUCUCAAAAAAACCAAACAAACAAACAAACAAACAACAACAACAAAACAUGUGUCCUACUUAAUUGGUAUAUGUGUUUUUCAAACAAUCAUUUGAGGGGUGUUUUGAUUUGGUUUGGUUUUUGUUUCUGUCCUUUUGGUCCAUUCAUUCACUGUUUAAAAGUUUAUGAUUCUUCCAAAAAUGAACAUAGUUUCCCUUUUCAAAUCUGAAGGCAUGUGGAAGCAGUGAGCAAAACCUGUGGUUAUUAAUGGAAGAGCCUUUUAUUACAAAGUCAAUUAAAACUUUUCACUCAUGGUUUUUGAGCGAAACUAGAAGUUGAGAUUGUAAAACUGCUUUAAGAACUUUAAAGAAAUGAAUAUUUGACCUUUGAUUAAUUUUUGAGACUUGUAAAUCUCUUCUUGUUUUAAGUUUCUUGGGCUUCUGACAAACUUCCCUGAGAAGUGCUCAGUUUUGUUUUCUUCCUGUAGCUUGUAGAUCAUAAGUAUUUGCUCUUAAAAUUUACUACUUAGUAGCAUGAUUAUUUUUGUUCUGUUGAGGAAACAAAUUUGACAUAGAAUAUUAUUUUUCCAUAUCACACAUAUCUACACUAUUACCUGAUAACACACUGGUAGUUUUUAAGACUAAAGCAGUUUAUAGAAUGAAGUAUAUCAAUAUUCUUUUGUUUCCCCAAAGCAAUAUUUUACUUUUCAUUUAUUAUAGUUUGAAAGACAUUUUUCAUUGUUCCAUUACCUAUAGAAGUGGUAUUUCAUGACCUAGGGAAAAAGGAAUUAUUCCUUUUUGUAGACUCAUACCUGAAAGCAGUGAUUUACUAGAAUUGCUUUGUGUGGCUACUAAGUUUAUUUUGUCAAAAAUAACAAGGAAAAAGCCAGCUGGUUUCAUAGACCUUUUCAUUAUGAUACCUUGCAUAGUUGAAUCUUCUCAUUUAUACAGUGCCUUUUUCUCAUGCUCAUUGUCUACUGACUUUAAGGCAGGCAACACUGGACCAUAGUGGUGCAGGCCUUCUGUUGAGGCCAGAGGAGCACGUGCGCUUCUUCCUUGUCCUUGUCCCAUCAUUGAGACCUUCAUCUACAGUUUCCAAACAGUCAUUGGAAAACGCAUGACAGUUACCCAGAAGGUUUUAUUUCUCAGCAGAUUUGUAGAACGAAGUAUGACGUCAGCGAAUGAGAGUCCAAGUUCUUAUCACAUGAUAUUAGGUACUAAUUAUACCCUCAUUGCUUUAAAAUACACAUCAGGGUCUCUUUUAAAAAUAGAACAAAUCUGUAGUAUUUAAGUUUAAAAAUCUUAAGUUUAUUAUGUUAAAUUGAAUUUUGUCAACCCUUCUUUUUAAAUUAAAAUAAUUGAAUAGAGUGCCUAGUUAAAUUUUCUCGAAGCAAGGUAACUGCUCAGCUCAGUCUGCUGUGGCAAGCUGGCCAGCCCUCUCCAGCAUUCUUCACUGCUCUAUGUCUGCUUACACAGCUUGGACAUGGCUGCUUUCCAUGAAGGAAAUAUAUGGGAGGUGGACUAAGGGAUAUAUAACCGGUGUGAAGAGCUGCUUCAUAAAAUAUGUAGUAAGUAUUGUAUUUCCCUCUUAGCAGUUGAGUCCAAACCAGUUUUAUUCAGCUGGAAGGAGACAGGAAGGAGCUGCCUUAAGCACUUUAGAAAAAGAAUUUGCUACAAUUCAUUUGACUCAGCUGAUUGUGUCACAUCUUUUAAAUACUGGUAAAUAUGGAUAUACCAAGUAUUUAAUGACUAAUGCACAUAGAAAUUAAUAUUAAUACAGCGAUCUUUUGAAUGUUCCAGGUAUAGGCUUUUUAAAAAGUGUUAAGAGUGUCUGUCUGUCUGUCUGUCUGUCUGUCUGUCUGUACGUUUAAUUGAGAGCACCUCUGCUAUGUGUCAGUAAACUACUAGACAGCCAGGCUAAACCUUCUCAUUCUGUUCUGAAGAUGUUCUGUUCUGAAGAUUCUAAAAAAAUUCAAACCAUCAACAAUAGUAUGUAUAAUUUGAACUUCCAUGAUUGAUCCUUGAUAUAAAUAAUAAAAGAAAAUAUUUAUGAUGAAAUAUUUUAAUUAGGUCAAUUAUCUAGAAUUACCUAGUUUUGUCUAUAUAUCUUUUCCAUGAAAUUAUAGCUAUUUAUGUAUUUGUAGUUGUUUCUUUCAAAAACAAUUUUUAAAAAUUGGAAAGGGAUAUAUAUGAGAAGUGAUUACUCCAAAGAAUAUUAAUCUUAAGACAGUAUAGAUGUCUUACCAUGAAAUACAUUACUCUAGGCUAAAAUUUCAACUGUUUUAGUCAUAGAUUUUUAGCAUCUUUGUUAGAUCAGCAUAUAAUUCAUAUAACAGUACUUAAGUUUUUAUGAUGUAUCGUCAAUUUUAUUACUUUCUGUCUAGGUUUCCAAAAGUAGUAGAGUUUAAUUCACCACAUGAACCUCAUGCUGAUAUUUUUUAUUUGAUAGUCUUGAUCUAAAAUAAUGUUUUGUUAAUAUGUCACUAAAUUUCUAAAAACUGUAUUCAUGGGCUGAUGAGAUGGCUCACAAGAAAAGCACUUGCUGCCAACUGGAUGACUUGAGUUUGUUCCCUGGGACCCAAAUGGAAGGUGAGACUGACCUCCUGCAAGUUGUCUUUUGACCUACGCAUGUGUGUGCACAUGCACAUGGGCACACACACACACACACACACACACACACACAUACACACACCUUAAAAUUUUUUUAAAGUAUAUUUGUUGUUACUUGUAAAUUAACUACUCAUAGUAAUAUUUCACUUUUACAUUAUAAUAAAAAGUUUGGAAAAGUUACUUUCCUUGUUUUAUUUUACAUCAUAUUCAUUCUGUCAGAGGUAAACAUGAAAUUACUCAGUAUCCACGUCACCACCAAGUUGUUAUUUUCAAGCCAGUAUACCUUUUCAUAACUCCAGUGCUCAGACCUGGAGUAAUAAAGCUUUCCUUACAGAAAACCAUCACAGCGACAUUACCUCAUGUUUGUAUGUUUAGUUUUGUGUCUCGUAACAGUGUUUGCAUUUGUGAUGCUGAUGGCAGUAUUGUGUCACCUGAGCGGGAUGAUACCUGAGCACCAUAGGAACUUUGCACCAGUUGGAAUUUAAGUGGACUGUUUGCUGCUUUUGUUCGCAUUGGAACGUUGGACAUGCCAUAUGAUACUGGCUUAGUAAUCAAUACCAGUAAUUACCAUAGAACUUUAUCUGACUCCCCAACCAUAUCAGAAGAGUACUUUUUUCUCGGUUAAUAAUGCUAGCUUUGAUACAUAGUCAUUUAAGUUAUAUUUGUUUAAAAUUAUAUAUUUUCUUAGUAAUAGUCAAGUUGGUGCUUAGAAAUAAACAUGUAGAAGUUUAUGCAGUAUGUAGGGCAGAGGUCAGUGGAUGUAUUUGCUUGGCUUGGAACUUAAGAUUGAACCAAUUUUACAAUAAAUCAAAUUGGAAGAAAUUGGUAAAAGGCAUUUUAGUAAUAUUGGAACUUUUUGGAGGGUGCAGGACUAUGAGAAGAAUUUCUUACUAACAUUUCCAAUAUCUGUAAGAUACCAAAGGACUGAGACUAACUGAUCUUUUAAUGGAAAUUCUUUGAAAUCAAAUCCAUAACUGAUUCUAUUAAGAUACAAUAGCUAAAGUUGGGGAAUAACUUCAGGCAAAAACUGAAAGUCUUGAAGAUUUUUGGCAUUCUUUUAAGUAUUUAAACUUAAUCUUCAUAGCUGCCCCAUACAGUAAUCUAUGACCUCUCUGAAUCACUCUUCAAUCUUGGGCCUCUAUUGCCUUACUUCAAAUAUUGUACCUUGUUUAGCCUACCUCACAGGGCUGUUGUGAGGAUUGUAGCGAAAUGGACUCUGAUGUGAACUGGGUGGUUUCCACUAAGAAUGGUUGUAUUUGGAUACUUGUAAAUGCUGUUUAGUUAGAAAAAGCAUGUUAAGUUGGUAUAAGCAGUGAUUUUAAAUGAUUUUUAAAAAAUAAGACGUCCUUCAAAAUGUUCUUUAGUAUCAAUUUACUUUGUGCAUGAUUGUUUUUAUAUUUCUCAUCAACUACACAACUUUUCUAAGUUAUAAAGUCUACUGCAGCAUUCAUGUGUAGAGGGGAAGCCUAUGUAGCAAAUGCCUGCAGCUCCUUCCCCACCAGGAGUUUGCACUUGCGUUUAGAACAGCCGCUACUCUGCAGAGUGAAUGUGGCUGAAAUAACAUUUCCAACAACCAAGUGGGCCAGCAAUUUGAUGCACUUGACAAAUAUUCAUCAACUUUAUUGAAUUGUACCUUUUAUUAAAAAAGAAAUAUUUCGAAGCCUUGUUCAUUACCUAUAUCAGUUAUUAUCUGUCUGGACAUAGUUGUGUUGCUCUAAAUUGGAUUACUAAAUGGUUUACAAGUUAUCCUACUCCACAGAUUUUGGUAUGUUUGUUAUCUGGACAUGAUUUUGCUAUGCAGUUGUGAUAAUAAAAAUUCCAGCUCCUCAGGUUUAACCUCUAAGUUGUGGAUGAAGACUAUUUAAAGUACACAUGAUGUAUUCAGUGCUGCAAGAGUGUUUGAAAUGAGCACACUGCCUCAUUUUCCUUACCAACAAGACAAAGCCUUUCCAAUGAUUUUUUUAAACUUUCAAAGUGGUUGUUCAAAGUGUAGCAACUUGUAUGUUGAAAUGAUUGUAUGUUCUGUAUGAAAUGUUCCACUUGAGGUUUUUACAAAAGCACCUGUAUUAUCUCUUCUAAAAAUUAAACCUUUUUUUUUUGCUUUC